AUGCUCAGAUCAGGACUUAUUCAAUCAAGAAGAUCAUUCGCUACUGCGGUCCAAGACUCCCUCUUACCAAAGAAAUACGGUGGUCGUUACACUGUUACCUUAAUCCCAGGUGAUGGUAUUGGUAAAGAAAUUACUGAUUCUGUUAAACAAAUCUUUGCUAAAGAAAGAUUACCAAUUGACUGGGAAGAAAUCAAUGUUACCGGUAAAGAAGGUUCAAAAGAAGGUGUUAGAGAAGCUGUUGAAUCUUUGAAAAGAAACAAAGUUGGUUUAAAAGGUAUCUGGAAAACUGAUGCUACUCAAUCAGGUCACGGUUCUCUUAAUGUCGCUUUCAGAAAAGAAUUAGAUAUCUAUGCUUCAUUAACUUUAAUUAAAAACAUCCCAGGUGUUAAAACAAGAUUAGAUGGUAUUGAUUUAGUCUUAAUUAGAGAAAACACUGAAGGUGAAUAUUCUGGUUUAGAACAUGAAUCAGUUCCAGGUGUUGUUGAAUCAUUAAAAAUUAUAACACAAUUCAAAUCUGAAAGAAUUGCUAAAUUCGCUUUUGAUUUUGCUAAAAAAAACAACAGAUCAGAAGUUACUGCUGUUCAUAAAGCUAACAUUAUGAAAUUAGCUGAUGGUUUAUUUAGAUCAACUGUUAAAACCAUUGGUGCUGAACAAUAUCCAGAAAUAAAUGUUAAAGAUAUCAUUGUUGAUAACGCUUCUAUGCAAGCUGUUUCAAACCCACAACAAUUUGAUGUUUUAGUCACUCCAAACUUAUACGGUGCUAUUCUUUCAAACAUUGGUACUGCUUUAGUUGGUGGUCCAGGUUUAGUUCCAGGUGCUAACUAUGGUAGAGAAUUUGCUGUUUUCGAACCAGGUUCAAGACACGUUGGUUUAGAUAUCCAAGGUAAAGGUGUUGCUAACCCAACUGCUAUGAUUUUAUCUUCAGCUUUAUUAUUAAGACAUUUAGGUUUAGAUGAAAGUGCUGAUAAAAUCUCAAAAGCUGUUUACAAAGUUAUCCAAGAAGGUAAAACCACUACUCAAGAUAUUGGUGGUAAAGCUUCAACUCAAGAAUUCACACAAGCUAUCAUUGAUGAAUUAGCCGCAUCAGCAUAA